AUGCUGGCAGUCGAUAUGACUUGUCGCAACAACAUCCGCAUUGUUAUUCUAUUUCUGAUCCUGCUUCACGUCUACGCCACUGAUCCAUCGCGAAACUUUAGCCGAUACAGCUUCUAUGAAUUUGUCUGCGUUCCUGAAAUUGAUAACGACGGAGUGCUUAUUAUUAAGUUCACUGAAGUGCCAAUGGGUACACCGAACUCGUCUUCACUGUCUGCUUUAGUCGCCUUGUUCGUCUUUAUUAUAUACCUAAUGUUCAUAUUUGCACUUGUGGUUACCGAUUUAUAA